AUGGUGGACUACUACGAGGUGCUGGGCGUGCCCCGGCAGGCGUCGCCCGAGGCCAUCAAGAAGGCGUACCGCAGGCUGGCGCUCCGGUGGCACCCCGACAAGAACCCUGAGAACAAGGAGGAGGCGGAGCGCACGUUCAAGCUGGUGGCCGAGGCCUACGAGGUCCUGUCGGACGCCCGGCGGCGCGCCGUGUACGACCGGGGCGGCGAGGCCGGCGGCGCGGGCGCGGGCGGCGGCGGGGCGGGCGCGGGCCCCUUCCACGACCACGACGCCUUCGACUACGUCUUCUCCUUCCGCGACCCGGCCGACGUGUUCAGGGAGUUCUUCGGGGGCCGCGACCCCUUCUCCUUGGACUUCUUCGCAGACCCGCUGGAGAACUUCUUCGGACACCGGAGGAGCUCGCAUCGAAGCCGGAGGGGCUCCUCCCACCUGUUUUCCACCCUGGCCGAGUUUCCAGCGUUUGGGGGUGGCUUCUCAUGUUUCGAUACGGGAUUCACCUCGCCGGGCCAUGGAGGCCUCUCUUCCUUCUCCAUGUCCUGUGGCAGCGGCGGAGCGGGCAACUUCAAGUCCGUGUCGACCACCACCGAAAUAGUGAACGGCCGGGAAAUCACCACCAAGAGGAUCAUUGAGAAUGGUCAGGAGAGGGUGGAAGUAGAGGAAGAUGGACAGCUAAAGUCCCUCAUAAUUAAUGGCAAAGAACAGUUGCUACACAUCGACACCAAGUAA